CCAGAAACGCCCACCAAUCGUCAUCAUCAUCAUCAUCGUAAUCGAAAAUGUCAUUUAAGAUUCGAUUAUUUUUACAAUGUUAUUGUAUAACUUUCACAUCCUUAUCAUCACUUUGUUCCUCCGUUGCUAGCCAAUAUUGUCCAAUAAAGGUCACAACUGAAAGUUGUACUGACAGUUUGGUUUGUGCUAUGGCCCAUCGAGAAAGAACUUUUGUUAUGAUUAAGCCUGACGGAGUGCAAAGAGGUUUAAUUGGAAAAAUAAUAUCCAGGUUUGAAAAUAAAGGUUUCAAAUUGGUUGGAAUGAAGUUUGUACAGGCUUCACAAACACUUCUUGAACAACAUUAUGCUGAGUUAGCUGGGCGGCCUUUUUUCCCAGGCUUAGUCAAUUAUAUGCAACUUGGACCUGUUGUUCCAAUGGUGUGGGAAGGAUUGAAUAUAGUUAAAACAGCUAGAGAUAUAAUUGGUGCUACAAAUCCUAUGGAAUCUGCUCCGGGUACUAUAAGAGGAGACCUGUGUGUGCAAGUUGGCAGAAACAUUAUUCAUGGAAGCGAUUCCCUUCCUAGUGCUGAGAGAGAAAUAUCUUUAUGGUUUACUGAGGAUGAACUAACCAACUAUUCCCAAGCAAUGGAUAGUUGGAUAUAUGAAGAGAAUUAAAAAAGGAAAUGAUUUUAUUUAACUGAAAUAAGCUGUCCUGAAAGUGUAAACAUUUUUAAAUUAAAAUUCAUUGUUUCUUCAUCAAACCUCUGCAUAAUUGAACAAGAAGUGUUUUUUUUUUUUAAUUUUUUUUUUUGCACCCUUUGCUUUACUUUUUGAAAUUUAAACAAAAAAUUUUUAAGAAAUUUAUUUAGCUGAUUUUAGUAUUUUGAUUUCUCUUGUAUAUAUUUUUUCAAGUGCUCACUCUUUAGUUCUAGUCACAUUAAUUUAAUCUUGGUAUUGUUUUUUUUUGUUUCUGCUUUGUACUUGCUGAAUAUUUUUUUCCAACUACUCUUAUUUAUGAACACGUAUUUAUUCAAGCAUUCCAAUAAAUAGAUAUUAAUAUAAAUGA